UGAGGUUGUGAGCGAACAAGGAAGAGUGUGUGAGAGAGAGAGAGACUGAAAGAGUGGUCGUCAUGGCAGCUGAGGCGCAGAGACAGCGGUCUCUGUCCACGUCAGGAGACUCGCUCUACCUGGUCCUGGGGAUCGACAAGAACGCCUCGCCGGAGGACAUCAAGAAGUCCUACAGGAAACUGGCCCUGAAGUUCCACCCAGACAAGAACCCAGACAACCCCGAGGCUGCUGAUAAGUUUAAGGAAAUCAACAGCGCCCACGCCAUCCUGAACGACUGUACCAAGAGGAACAUCUAUGACAAGUACGGAUCCCUGGGAUUGUACGUGGCCGAGCAGUUUGGAGAGGAGAACGUCAACACCUACUUUGUCCUCUCCUCCUGGUGGGCUAAGGGCCUGUUCAUCUUCUGUGGCUUGGCGACUGGCUGCUACUUCUGCUGCUGUCUUUGCUGCUGCUGUAACUGCUGCUGUGGGAAGUGUAAACCGCGGCCUCCCAUGGACCAGGAGCCAGAGUUCUACGUCUCCCCUGAAGACCUGGAGGCACAGAUGCAGUCUGACGAGAGAGACGUUGGUGGUGACCCCAUCAUGAUGCAGCCGUCUGGAACAGAGACCACCAGGCUGACGUCAGACAACCACUCCUCCUACCGGACCGACGCUGGAUACAACUAAACCCCCUGUACCCCUACACCGGAUACAACUAAACCCCCUGUACCCCAUACUGUCUACACCAGAUACAACUAAACCCCCCUGUACCCCAUACUGUCUACACCGGGUACAACUAAACCCCCUGUACCCUACUCCGGGUACAACUAAACCCCCCUGUACCCCAUACUGUCUACACCUGAUACAACUAAACCCCCCU